GAGACUAAUUUUCUGAACAAGAAACCAUAUUGUUUUCGUCGACGGAAUACGAAUCCCCGCGGAGAAAGAAAUCCGAAAAGAAGAAGAAAAAAAGGGAAAAAAACAAAACCCUAAGCUGUAAUUCGUUGUUCCUGGAAGAGCUAAGCUUGAAGAAGAAGAAAAGGAGUUGGUUUUAGAGAUGAUAGUAAGUCAAAAUAUGGUAGCAGAAGCCGACAUCAUUUAUCGUCACCAAGUUGUAGAUGUUAUGUCGAUUUCCACCCAAGUUUCUCGCUUCGAAUCGGUUGCAGCUUGCGCCGAGACCAUUGGAGAUGCUGUUAUUGAGUCAUCUGCUGUCAAAUCUGUACCAAGAAUUCGUUCUGGCAGCUAUGCUGAUAUUGGUCCACGGAGAUCUAUGGAUGAUGAACAUAUUAGGAUUGAUGAUCUAUCUUCCCACCUGGGUUCUAUCUUUAAGCCUUCAAUGCCAAGUGCUUUCUAUGCUGUUUUUGAUGGUCAUGGUGGUCCUGAUGCAGCUGCUUAUAUCAAGAGGAAUGCUACAAGGCUAUUUUUUGAAGAUUUUGAUUUGCCACAAGUAUCUGAUAUCGAUGCUGUUUUCUUGAAAGAGUUGGAGGAUUCUCAUAGGAAGGCAUUCUUGUUGGCGGACCUUGCCUUGGCUGCUGAAGGCAGUGUUAGCAGUUCUUGUGGAACAACGGUGCUGACUGCUCUUGUGCUUGGAAGGCAUCUUCUGGUUGCAAAUGCUGGUGAUUGCCGAGCUGUUCUCUGCCGAAAAGGUGUUGCAGUUGAAAUGUCUCAAGAUCAUAGACCUUCCUACUCGCCAGAACGCAAGCGAGUUGAGGAGUUGGGUGGCUACAUUGAUGAUGGGUAUCUUAAUGGUUAUCUCUCUGUCACACGAGCUCUUGGAGAUUGGGAUUUGAAAUUUCCUCUUGGACCAUCAUCACCUCUGAUUGCAGAGCCGGAUGUUAGACAGACUGUGUUAACAGAGGAUGAUGAGUUUUUGAUCAUUGGUUGUGAUGGCAUUUGGGAUGUAAUGUCAAGCCAGUUUGCUGUUAGCCUUGUUCGCCGUGGUCUAAGGCAGCAUGAUAACCCAGAAGAAUGUGCCAGAGAAUUAGUCAACGAAGCAUCACGCCUGAAUUCAUCAGAUAACCUCACUGCAAUUAUUAUCUGCUUCUCAUGCCCUGCUCCUAUUGAGUCAUCUCCUCUCCAACGACGAAGGUUUAGGUGCUGCAAUCUCUCUGAGGAGGCUAGGAAUAGGUUGAAGAGCUUGUUAGAAGGCAAUUGAAUGUAUAUACAAAUUAUUUCUCGUUUAUUUACUGUCAUUCCUAAUGGGAGAAAUCGUUUCAAUCUGUUUUUGGCUGUUUCAGCUAGUUUAGAAAAAGCAGCCAGCAGUUUUGUACGUGUAGGAGAGUAAACAAUGUCGGCGUGUGUUUUAUGUUAUUUCUGGUGGUAUAACUACAUUGCGCGAUUAUUAUCAAUUGUAAUGUUUCUUUGUUCACUGCGAAAAUGGACUUAUAUCUUUGAUCAGACCGUUCUCCCAAAGGAGAUUCGGUUAGUA